UGCCAUCUAUCCCAUGAUCCGUGGGAUGGGAGAUGAGGUGAGAGCUGGUAAAGUUAGAGUUCUACCUGUACAUCUAUUUUGCCAUCUAUCCCAUGAUCCGUGGGAUGGGAGAUGAGGUGAGAGCUGGUAAAGUUAGAGUUCUACCUGUACAUCUAUUUUGCCAUCUAUCCCAUGAUCCGUGGGAUGGGAGAUGAGGUGAGAGCUGGUAAAGUUAGAGUUCUACCUGUACAUCUAUUUUGCCAUCUAUCCCAUGAUCCGUGGGAUGGGAGAUGAGGUGAGAGCUGGUAAAGUUAGAGUUCUACCUGUACAUCUAUUUUGCCAUCUAUCCCAUGAUCCGUGGGAUGGGAGAUGAGGUGAGAGCUGGUAAAGUUAGAGUUCUACCUGUACAUCUAUUUUGCCAUCUAUCCCAUGAUCCGUGGGAUGGGAGAUGAGGUGAGAGCUGGUAAAGUUAGAGUUCUACCUGUACAUCUAUUUUGCCAUCUAUCCCAUGAUCCGUGGGAUGGGAGAUGAGGUGAGAGCUGGUAAAGUUAGAGUUCUACCUGUACAUCUAUUUUGCCAUCUAUCCCAUGAUCCGUGGGAUGGGAGAUGAGGUGAGAGCUGGUAAAGUUAGAGUUCUACCUGUACAUCUAUUUUGCCAUCUAUCCCAUGAUCCGUGGGAUGGGAGAUGAGGUGAGAGCUGGUAAAGUUAGAGUUCUACCUGUACAUCUAUUUUGCCAUCUAUCCCAUGAUCCGUGGGAUGGGAGAUGAGGUGAGAGCUGGUAAAGUUAGAGUUCUACCUGUACAUCUAUUUUGCCAUCUAUCCCAUGAUUCGUGGGAUGGGAGAUGAGGAAUUUUCUGAAGAAGAGGCUAAGGUCCAAGCAGAGGAAGGAAUGGCCGCUUUCAAGCAUUAUCUGGAGACCAGAGGUGCUUCACUCAGCCAAACCACUGAGUUUCUUCCCUUCUACGCUCUGCCCUUCGUCCCAAACCCCAGGGCUCACCCUUCUUAUAAGGAGUUGUUUGCAGAGGACUGGGCCAGUGAUUUACAGCAGAGACUGGAGAAGUUCCUCACCUUAGCACUGCAGUCUUCCACACAACCCAGGCUCUUUGACCUCUAUCAAGGAGGCGGGGGUCCUAGUAAAGAAGUCCAAGCAGAGCUUCAGCACCUUCAGCAGCAGGUGGUUGAUGCAGAGAGACGUACUAUGACAUAUAUCAGAAGAUUUAACAAGGUCCAGUCAGACUACCAUAGUUUGAUAGGGAUUACAGCAGACUUGGUGGACUCACUGGAGAAAACAGUACAGGGACAGAUGAUCAGUGCAGAGUACAUACAGGGCAUUUGUAGCAGGUUGUUCAGCAACCACAUGCGACAGUCUGUAGACUUUGCACGUCCCGGGACGGCAGGCAACGUGCUCCGGCAGUCCAUAGCUGUCCCACAGAUAUCCCCAGAAAAGGACCAGGGUCUCCUGUCUUCUCUGGACUAUGACAAGAUAAAGAAAGACCUGGUGAAUGGACCAGAGAGAAGACAGGCAUUGCUGUUACAGGCCUUAAGAUGGCGUUUGACCCGCUCGGCGCCAGGAGAACAGAGGGACACAGUGUUACAGGGAUAUAUUAAAAAUGAUAUUCUUUGUUGCCAUAACAAUGCACAACACAAGGAGGGUGUGAUGAGUCUGUUACACUCCCCCAGUGAGGUGGUCAGACAGUAUACAGCCAGGCUGUUCAACGCCUUGGCGUCACUCUGUCAAGGGCGAACAUACUUAUCCACCAGCUCCAGUCUUCUGGGUCACAUGAUUGAGACGCUGAGAUCAGAGGAAAAAGAUUCUAUCACAAGAGAGAAUGUUCUCGGAGCCUUACAGAAACUUAGUCUAAGACGUCAGCUACAGUCUGUGAUGAUAGACGAGGGGUUACUGCAGUGGCUGGUACAAGUACUAGAGGACAAUGAUUCCCUGUCUGACUACACACUAGAGUACUCCAUAGCUCUGCUGAUGAACCUGUGUCUCAGAACUGCAGGCAAGAAGAAGUGUGCAGAGGCACCUCACCGAACUCUUCAGGUCCUAAGUGACCUCCUGGGUCACGAGAACCAUGAAAUCCGUCCCUACGUCAAUGGUGCCCUGUACAGUAUUCUGGCCAUACCUUCCAUACGAGAGGAGGCCAAGGCCAUGGGCAUGGAGGAGAUUCUGAAGUGUUUUAUGAAGGAUGGUCAACAGGAGAUGAACAGACAGUUUGAGUUCAUUAUUAAACAACUGAACUCCAACGAUGAAGCAGAUGAUGCAGACUCAGAUGAUGAGGAGGAAGACGAGGAUGAGGAGGACCAAGAUGCCAUGGAGGCUGACCUGGACAAGGCGGAGGUGCUCAAACCAAACCCGGGGGAACUUUCUGGCGAGAAACUCCUCUCCACGGAGUACCUGGGUGUGAUGACAAACGCCUCACGCAAGAAGAACAAGCACCUGGAUGUAGUGCGGGAGGAGGGACCGUUACAGAGACCCGUUACGCCCAGUAGGAAGAUAGGGAAUGAGUUGAGUCUGCCUCCACAGGCCAGUCAAAUAUACUCGGAGGACUUUGAACAAGAGACCAGUAGAGGCCAGCCAACAGCCCGUGGUGGUCCUCCCUCGCGCCCUUCCAGUAAGGACCAGGUGCGGCCUCCUACCAGAAGUGGAAGUCGAGGCCAAAGUCGUCCCAAUACAACAGAUACUCCAAGACAAGCUGCUCCAAAGAUGGACGAGGCAGGGUCAGAGUUGGUGUCUCAGACCCUGGGGAAACAGAAACAGUUGGCCGCCCCCGUCACCCAGAGGUCGGUGAAACCUUCAGGAAAAGCUCUGGAAAAGAUGCAGGGACAGAAUGCCAACCUCAAUGAAUAUGCAGCUGCAUUCAGUUCCCGUCCCAAGGUAGUACGCACCCCAGACUUGAGUCACCGCGCAGACAGUCGCAACGAACCUCCGCCACAACCGACAUUCUCAGAGAGUUUACCCAUGUCUAGACCAGGAACUCAGUCCAGGAGUGGGGCCAGGAGUGGUGGUGGAGGAACCUCGCGUUCAGGGCAGGGAAAAACAAAAAUGUCUCGAUAGCAACUGUUGUCAUGGUGAUUUGCAGAACAAAGCAUGCCUUUUUUUCAAGACUGCCACAAAAACAGUCUACGUUGUGAUGAUGCUCUCACAUAUAUUUAUUUAUUGACUACUUGAUUACGAAGAAGCUAUAGUCACGGUUAAAUAUGUAUUGUAGCAACUGUAGCCUAGCAAGUGUUGUCAUGGUAAUAUCAGUUGCGGCAAUACAUGAGUCUGGGCUAGUAAGGAUGUAGACAGUGCCAUUUGAAAUAAGAUAUAUCAGAAAUGAUUAAAUUAAUGAGAAUCCAAUGCAGACAGAAUAAACUACUUGUUCCCAAGCUUUACUAAGCAGAAAUGGCACAAGUGGUGGUGAGGUGUUAGAUUAAAGCUCAGCAUUGUGCAUAUAUAAAAUGGUUUAAGUUUAUUGUUGUGAUAUUAACUGUAGAUAUCAAUUUAUAUUAACAUAAAUGGAAUGAUUUGUUGCAAGAAGGGCCUUCAUUAGGUGCUAGCACAUUUUGCUAUCUUAUUAUUGUUAUUAUUAUAAUUGUAAAUUUUUCUAAAAGAGUGUUUUUGUUCAAUUGCAUUAUUUCAUUUA